AUGAAAGAAUCAGUUCAGCCUCACGUUCCGCAGUUUAGUGGGAAGAAUUAUGAUCGGUGGAGUAUCCAGAUGAAAGUUUUAUUUGGUUUUCAGGAGCUUACCGAGGUGGUGGAGGCUGGAUUCUUCGAUGUAAAUGAUCCGGUAGUUGGUGCAGCUCUUCCUCAAGCCCAGAGGGAUGAAUUGAGAGAGAACAGAAGGAAGGACAAGAAAGCUUUGUACUUCAUACACCAAGCCCUUGAUGAUGCAUUAAGGGAUAAUGGUGAAGUGUUAGCUGAUUCUCGUGUUGUUGAGAAGAUUAUGCGAUCGCUAACGGAACCUUUUGACUAUGUUGUUGCUGCAAUCGAAGAAGGCAAAGAUAUGUCUUCUAUUACCAUUGAUGGGUUGGAAGGUUCUUUAUGUGCUUAUGAAUUCAGGAUGAAACAACGAAGGCCGAGUUCCUUGGAACAUGCUUUACAAAGCAAAGUCGUCAUCACUGAGAAGGGAAGCUCCAGCAAUGCCAACUCCUCAAGUCCAGGCAAAGGCACAUCUCCGCGCAAGAAAGAUAAGUCCACUGUUCAAUGUUAUCGCUGUAAACUCAAUGGACAUUAUCGAUCUGAAUGUAGAAUGAAGUUGCCAAAGAAAAAUGCUGAGCAUGCUAACUAUGUGGAGUUAGAAGAAGAGGAGCGUUUAUUCUUCACUUGUAGCGGUGAUGAUGAUGAAGAACAUCGCAACAAUUGGUACCUGACACAGGUUGCACAAACCAUAUGUGUGGUAACAAGGAGCUAUUUCUGA